AUGAUCUGCCAACGCUGCCGUACCGGCAUCCUCUCGCGUCUCCAACCGCAACAAACCCUCACAUGGACAUUAGCUUCCUCCUCCCUCCGCCAAACCCCUCUCCAACACCCUCAAUUUCACCAAGCCCGUCCCUAUAGCGACAACAAACCCUCCGUUUCCGCAACCCCCCCACCGCCCAAACCCCGCCAGCCUAUCGCGGACGACAUCUCAAUACCCUCCGCCGUGUCCUCGGCCUCGCCCGGCGUUUCGCAACCGCUCAGCACCCCCGGCGCCGUGCAUGCAGAUGUGCACCCGCAACAGCCGGUGAAGCAGACACCUAAGGUUGUAAGCAGCUGUGCGGCGGGAACGAAGUUAAAUGGCUUGAACUACUUUAAGAAUAAGCCGGAUGUGUUUGCGCGCGAGGAUGAGGAGUAUCCGGAGUGGUUAUGGGGGUUGUUGGAGGGGUUUGAGAGCAAGAAAAAGGCGCAGGAUGGGGGUGUUGAUCCGAGCACUUUGAAUAAGAAGGGCAGGAAGAAGUUGGAAAAGAAGCUCGCUGCUCAGGCUGCUGCCUUGCCUCCCAAGAUCCCCGUCCACCAUCAAGCUACUGAUAUCACCCCCGCGUCCUACAACCGUCCUCAAGCCGGAGAUAUCUUCACGCAGGCUACUGAGAGUCUCGAGAAACGGACCGAGAUCACCAAGAGCGCACGCGAGGCUAGAAGAAAGGAGAUUCGGGAGUCUAACUUCCUGCGCGGUCUCUAA